GAUAUUUAAAGUAUUGUGGAUGUAUUGAAAUUCAUUAACGUAAUUACGUAGUGCUUCACUACGCUGCGUGUCCCUGUUCUGCUGCCUGGGAAGCCCCUAGCGCGGAGCUGCCAACGCCCGACUUAAAGACACAAAUAGAGGAUACGAUCUUGAAUGAUUAGCAAAGACUGUAAAACACAGCUAUGCAGACCAUCAAGUGUGUUGUAGUUGGGGAUGGUGCGGUGGGUAAAACCUGCCUGCUAAUUUCUUACACCACAAACAAGUUUCCCUCCGAAUAUGUACCUACGGUGUUUGAUAAUUAUGCUGUAACUGUAAUGAUUGGAGGAGAGCCCUACACUCUGGGAUUGUUUGAUACAGCAGGUCAGGAAGAUUACGACAGGUUGCGACCUCUGAGUUAUCCCCAGACAGAUGUCUUCCUCGUCUGUUUCUCUGUCGUGUCCCCAUCCUCCUUUGAAAAUGUCAAAGAGAAGUGGGUUCCAGAAAUUACCCACCAUUGUCCAAAGACGCCCUUCCUUCUAGUUGGGACUCAGAUUGACUUGCGGGAUGACCCUUCCACUAUAGAGAAACUGGCUAAGAACAAGCAGAAGCCCAUCACUCCGGAGACGGCUGAGAAGCUGGCAAGAGACCUCAAGGCUGUGAAAUAUGUGGAGUGCUCAGCCCUCACGCAGCGAGGGCUGAAGAAUGUAUUUGACGAAGCUAUCCUAGCUGCCCUAGAGCCACCCGAGACGCAAAGAAAGAGGAAAUGCUGUAUAUUUUAAACUGUGUGCCACUGCUCUCAUCUCUUCCUCCUUUGAUUGCCAUUAUUCUCUUCAUUUUUCAUUCCAUUUCCCCCUCUCCUCUAUUUCCUUCAUUAUUCCUCUUUACAUUUGCUGCUUCAGAAAUCAUCAGUUUCAAUUUUAGCCAUCUUAACUAAGCAUUCUGUCAGUCUGCUCUGCGUUGAGAGUGCAUUUCAGCUAAUCUUUGGUCUGUGGCCUGAUUUAAUGAAUCGAGGCCUUUCUGCACUUACACUUGUUGCCUUCUCUAAAUUGAUUUGGUUGGUGUGGUAACAUAACUUCAUGUUUUACCUCUUAAAUGGUUUAUUACCAUAAAUCUUGCAUUCCACCACUGUGUCAUUCUCAGUUCUGCUGCUUUGGCCCCAUGCUCAUUAAUGUGGCCCUUGACUAAAAAUAGAGUAAAAUCCGAGGUUGUAGGAUAUUUUUGCAACAUAGCCUUUGUUUAAGUUGUCCCCUUUUCCCAUUGCAAUUGAAGGAAAAUUCCAGUUUAUUUCCUAUUAAUGUGGCUGUUCCAGCUCUGUGGGUCAUGCCAGCUUUGCACUCUUCUUGUGCUCCCUGCAGUUUUCCAGUAACACAGACUUUUACAGGAGUUGCUUAAAACUUUAUUUGGGUCUGAUAAGAAAUUAUUGACCUGUAAUGGCUGUUUCUGAACACCAAAUGCAGAGUUAUGUUUAAAAGUAUUCAUGUAAAUCAUCUAUAUGGAUAACAAAACAAAACGGGCGGUGUGCACACACCGUUUAUGCAAGCCUUUGUCUUUUUUUCCAGUCGAUACAAGGAGGUGGAGUGUGAAAGUUAGCAUAACCAAUAGAGCCGCAAUAGCCACAUACAUGAAAAAAUAUGGCAGGUUACAAUCUCCUUUAAUGUGGGGAGAGCGAUGGCUUUACAGGCUGAGACUGAUAUCGAUAAUAAACAACACUUCCAUUUCUAAUGUUCAUGUAUUUUUUGUACUUCUACAGUAAUGUCCAAUUUAAUAAAACCUAAAGGCUGACUAUGGUUAUAUUUAGGGCUUAUAAGUACUCAAGUCAUAUAUAGGUAAUGUUUGGCCUUUUUAGACUUAGGAUUUGUACCAUAAAUCUGUUUAAGUGAUGGCACUGGUCAGUUUUACAUUCAUGUUUUCUCACACCGUUUUUAAUGCUGAAGCUGCAACAAAUAAUUAGUUGUCACCUGUUAGAUUAAUCGACGACUGUUUUGAUGAUCAAUUAGGAAUAAAAGUCAAUAUUUUCUGACUGCAGCUUCUUAAGUACAAAUAUUUGCUUUACUGUUCUGUGACCGUGAACUGAAUCGUCGCGGACAAAACGAGACAUUUACGCGUCUUACCUUUUUCAUCAUUUUGGAAUAUUUUAUCGACCAAACUACAAAUCAUUUCAUCUGUGUAAUCAACAGAUUAUUUGAUGAUGAUGAUGACUUCAAAUAACUCAGAUUUUGUUGUUUGUCUGUGCUCAUCUGUUAUUCUGAUGGCGUGAAAUUCAGACUCGCACUGUGUUGAAGGACACAGAAGUGGUUCUAAACCUGACAGAGUAUGAUUACAGUCAUCAUUUCUACAGAAAAGUAACUAGACUUCAGACAUGAGGCGGACAAGUUCAGAUUAGCAGAAAGGAGAGUACAUCUGUCGGGGGCUUUAAACAACAUAACCACCAGAUAGUUUUCCUGUUUGCUGCAUUGAUGGUACUAAUUGAUUUGGUUUAUAGCUAACCCACUCUUGCUUUUCAUUCAGAAAAAUGUUUCAUGACUCUUUUGGCCCAACUUUCCCUAUAUAUGACAUUAAUGUGCCAUUACCUGUGGUGCAUAUUGUUCUAUUUUGAAAGUCCAAAUAAUAAAAGCUAUAAUUGUGUGAAUUUACUUGUGAAAUGAAUUAAUAAAGGACAAAUGAACUUGC